GCCAGCGAGAAGCAGGUUCACUUCAUUGUGUCACGGCAGACCAGGCAGCAGACCCCAGACAUCUUGCAGGAGACAGGCUGGAGUUACAGCAACGGCAGCCCGCAGCCCUGUCCUGCCGAGAGAAACAACCCUGGCAAGAGCACCCUUCAUGCUGUCACCUGUCAUGAGAAGGUGGUGGCUGUCCGGAAAGAUCACACAGAAUCACUGGGAAUGACUGUAGCAGGCGGAGCAUCUAACCGGGAAUGGGAUUUGCCUAUCUAUGUGAUAAGUGUCGAACCUGGAGGAGUUAUCAGCAGAGACAGCAGGAUAAAAACAGGUGACAUCCUCCUGAACGUGAACGGGAUUGACCUGACGGGGGUCAGCCGGAGCGAGGCUGUCGCCUUGCUGAAAAACACCAACUCAUCAGUGGUGCUCAAAGCCCUAGAGAUGAGAGCAUGCGAAGCCCAGGAGGAGCGGGGCCGCCUGCCACCCCCCGAGGCCACGCAAGCAACAUCUGAGAGCAGUGAGUGGUCACCUUCCUGGAUUAUGUGGCUGGGGCUGCCACGCUAUUUGUACAGCUGCAAAGAAAUCGUAUUACGAAGGAACACAUCUGGAAGUCUUGGCUUCAGCAUCGUUGGAGGUUAUGAAGAACAUACUGGGAACAAACCAUUCUUUAUCAAAUCCAUUGUAGGGGGAACACCAGCAUAUAAUGACGGCAGAAUUAGGUGCGGUGAUAUCCUCCUUGCUGUCAAUGGCAGGAACACAUCAGGAAUGAUGCAUGCCUGCUUGGCAAGGAUGCUCAAAGAACUGAAAGGAAAAAUUACUCUCACAAUUGCGUCCUGGCCUGGCACAUUUUUAUAAAACAAGUCUUCAUGGAGAGUAAGACAAGUAAUUGAACACAGAAAAAAAAAAAAAAGCAACAUUAGUCUUUGCUUUUUGGAGGGGUCAAGUAUGUGUUUAUAAAGAAAAGGUUUCUAAAAUUUCAACCCGCAUGUCAAGAAAAGUCAAGUUUGGGCAAAGCAGGGACACGUGUCAGAAAAUCACUUGAGUGAUUUAAGCUACAGACUUAUGUCUUUCCUUCCCCAUGUUCUUAAGGUUUUUUUGUUGUUUUUUUAUAUAUAUAUAUAUUUAAUGCAUUAUAGUAAUAAUGAAAUUUAAGGAGCAGCAGCUCCUGCUCACCCAUUUUAUUUUGAUUUACAAAAAGAAAUCCUUGAAUAACUUAUGGAAAAAAUUCUUGCAAUUUUUCUAGUUUUUAUCCAACACAUUAAUAGCACUUUGAUUAUGUGUACCUUUUCAUGGUCAGCAUGAAGCUGGUAUUUUCAAGACUUUCAAGUACUGUUUGUUAGUCUGUAAAACUGUGAAUUAAAUUUCUAAAAUAAUUAAAAAUAAUUGUAACUGU